AAGAAACAUCGUGCUACCGAGCGCACUGUUCAACUGUUGUUCCUUAGUCAUCAUCCUGCCAUAUCUUGUAUGACACAGUCCUAUUCCUACUGACGUGCCACUAACAAAUUUCAUUCUCACUGCUAUAAAAACUCAAUUUUUUGAUCACUUUCACACAAACAUAAUGGAGGAAAACGAUCAGUCGCAGAAUAUACCUUUAUUAUGCCGUAAAGGAUGUGGAUUUUAUGGCAGUCCUAAUUUUGAUGGAUUUUGUUCCAAGUGUCAUCGCAGUAUGCAAGUCCAAGCGGAGAAUGUACAAGCAGUCUCUCGCGUAACUUCCGACUUUGAAGAUAAGCUGUCUCCUGAAAGAAGUGUAAAAAUUACAGCCUCUUCAGCUGAAAAUUUUUCCAAACGUGAUUCUCCAUUGGUGCCUCCUGUGACCAUAAAGAUUUCUGCUGAUUCUCAUCCAAAUUCUUCACUGGACCUUAAUGCAGAAUCAAACCUAACCCUCCCUUCAUCAGCUCCUGAACUACGUGCAGAAACUGAAGUAUCUUCUAUUUCGUUGCCGGACUCUUUAAAUGAUGAUCUAAAGUCAGACAGUAAACCAGAUUCUCCUGCAUCCACCUCCUCCUCUUCUGGACCAGCAACGAAAACCAGACCACGCUGCGCUGUAUGUCACAAACGUGUGGGUUUAACAGGUUUCAGUUGUCGCUGUGGUGGCCUUUACUGUAGCAUUCAUCGCUACUCGGAUGCACACAAUUGUUCCUAUGAUUACCGCGAAUCAGGCCAAGAAGAAAUCCGUCGUUCUAAUCCUCAAAUAGUUUGUCAGAAAGUUCAAAAAAUUUGA